AUGUUGAGCAUGCGCUCCAGGCUUCCUUCGAGGUUGCCUUAUGGAACAACACUAAAGGCACCAGCUACCAGUGUUGUAGCUGUUACCGCUGAGCCGGGGUCUAAGAUCUCCAACAUGUUACCCACAAUUAGCCUUUAUUCACGAGACUAUUGCGGACAAUUGUGUAAAAAUAGACAUGAUGUCGUGCUCUGCACCGUGACUGAGGUGGGCGAAAAUAACGUGCGAUUUACAAGUUAA